AUGGACGCCAUUACCCAUCUUUUCGUCUACUCUGUCUUCUUCUCUCUGUUUAGAAUCUCCAUUACACAAGACUCUAUUACUCCAACUCAGUCAAUCACAGACGGUGGCACUACUUUAGUUUCAGCUGGCGGAUCAUUCCAAUUGGGAUUCUUCAGCCCAGACAGCCAACAUGAUAUUUCGGGAGUUUUAAAGGUCACUGAUGAUGGAAUUCUUGUGCUUCUUAAUAGCACGAGUGCUGUUGUUUGGUCAUCUAAUGCAUCAAGAGCAGCAGAAAAUCCAGUUGCACAGCUCUUGGACACCGGAAAUCUUGUUGUGAAAGAUAGAAACGACGAUGACCCAGAGAAGUUUUUGUGGCAGAGUUUUGAUUAUCCUUGUGACACGCUCCUACCAGAAAUGAAGCUUGGAUGGAACUUUGUAACUGGUCUAGAGAGGUUUUUAUCAUCUUGGAAGAGCACGGAUGAUCCUGCUCAAGGUGCGUUUUCAAAACGGUUAGAUCCUCGUGGGCUUCCGCAAAUGGUUAAUAAGGAGGGAGAUUCAAUAAAAACUAGAUCAGGGUCAUGGAAUGGCCUACGUUAUACGGGAUAUCCUCAAUUAAGACCGAAUACAGUAUUUGAGUAUGAAUUCGUGUUGAAUGAGAAGGAGUUUCAUAAGGGCCAACGGGCCCUGAACCUAGGACUCCGCGAGUAUGUAGACCUGCCAAGGCCUUGA